AUGAAUACACUGGAUAACAAUGAGGUAUGGAAAUCAAUGAAGACACUGGAUAACAGUGAGGUAUGGAAAUCAAUGAAGACACUGGAUAACAAUGAGGUAUGGAAAUCAAUGAAGACACUGGAUAACAAUGAGGUAUGGAAAUCAGUGAAGACACUGGAUAACAGUGAGUUAUGGAAAUCAAUGAAGACACUGGAUAACAAUAAGGUACGGAAAUCAAUGAAGACACUGGAUAAAAAUGAGGUAUGGAAAUCAGUGAAGACACUGGAUAACAGUGAGUUAUGGAAAUCAAUGAAGACACUGGAUAACAAUAAGGUACGGAAAUCAAUGAAGACACUGGAUAACAAUGAGGUAUGGAAAUCAAUGAAGACACUGGAUAACAAUGAGGUAUGGAAAUCAGUGAAGACACUGGAUAACAGUGAGUUAUGGAAAUCAAUGAAGACAUUGGAUAACAAUAAGGUACGGAAAUCAAUGAAGACACUGGAUAAAAAUGAGUGUAUGGAAAUCAAUGAAGACACUGGAUAA